UAGAUAAUCUCUAUAAUGUUUUGGAAACCAAGAAAUCAUUAUUUAAUGAAUUGAUGACUAGUAUUGAGUUUUAUAUAUCGUAUCAAAUAUUCCUCGAACUCACAGAAUGUGUGCAGUAUUUGCACAAAAAGCAUAUCAUUCACAGAGACCUCAAACCGGAUAAUGUGUUGAUUUCAAUGGACGGACGCAUAAAGUUAUGUGACUUUGGUUUGGCUAAAGAUGUCGAUAGUAUUGAUUGGUAUCGUAUGUCUAAAGCCAAACAUACGGCAGAUGUGGGACCUGUUGACUAUAUGGCACCAGAAGCACAGACCUAUCAUUACAAUCAUAAGAUUGAUAUCUACAGUCUAUCCCUAAUUGGGGCUCAAAUAUUUGAUUUCGAUACAUACGAUAUUAUUGAAGGAAAAUUGGAGGGAAAGACCCGAAUGUUCGCACAUUUUAUCACAAUUGCAGACAAUUAUGUCAAAUAA